UUCGGCUAUGUCCAGUUGACAGUCGGGAACGUCCGCGGCGCGAUGAUUCGAGACUAAUUUUUUUUAUCAACGAUCGAAAGGGUUUUUUUUUUUCUUUUCGCGUUGCGUCAGAUGUGAUGUGAUAAGCGAGAGGAAUUCGCGUUGUGUUAAGAAAAUAUUCAAAUAACAUCGAGUGAGUCAGUUGGAAUCAACGGAUUACCUGAAAACUUAGCGAAGCUUGGAAUUUCUCCUCAGAUAACCAGCUCUGAAGGAACCUACUUAGAACUGAUGUGUCUUAGUUUGCGAAAAGCAUUUAAAGCUCGAGAAGUGUAUACUGAGACAACUUUACUAGUUACAUUAGUGCUUAUCUGUUGAUUUAUUGAUUAGGAAAAAUGAAUGAACUAAAGUUGAAGCCCAUUGAGGAUUCUAAUCUGUACAAACGACGUACCACGUCUAGAGAAAAUCUGCUACAUAGUGCUAAUGGAGGUCUACAUGGUGCCGAGGUUUACGAUCUUGUAUCGACAACUUCAAAUACGUAUGUCAACUAUCAGUCCUCCCAUCAUCAGCCAAUGGGAAUGGCGGCCUUCCCGAACGAAAGUCUUUAUCAGAACACUUUGGUUGGUCCGAUAAGGGCAAACGGGCCACAUCUGUCAUCGAGUGGAGACAUUUUUCGCGAGGAUUUGAGACCAAGUGCUACGUCGACUGGUAACGGCUUUGCUGGAUUCAGUCAAGCGACGACGACAAAGACUGCACAACAACAUUCCUUUUAUGGUGAAAACAUUGUACGUGACUUGAGUGCCCUUAAUUUGGGCAAUAGAACCGGAUCGAGUGAGGAGGAUUCAUCGGCGGCAACGGUACGAUCGCUACCAGUAGCCAGCGGCCAAAACAACAGUGUAGGGCGAUAUCAAAAUUUGCCGAAUCCUCACUAUCAGCAGCAACAACGACAACAGCAGAAGAGGAUGGAAUUCAAGGAUCAAACCGGCCGAUCUAAUAUGCAAGUGAUGGGAAUUUCAAGCAACAUGUCGCUUGGCACAAUGACGUGCACCCGGUGUGACGAGGGUUUCGAACCUCACGAAAGGAUCGUCAACUCCAAUGGCCAGCUGUGGCACACCCAGUGCUUCGUCUGUUCCCAAUGCUUCCGCCAGUUCCCGGAAGGAAUCUUCUACGAGUUCGAGGGGCGCAAGUACUGCGAGAAGGAUUUUCACAUCCUGUUUGCGCCGUGCUGCAACAAGUGCAACGAUUUCGUGAUCGGCCGGGUUAUCAAGGCGAUGGCCGCCAACUGGCACCCGGAGUGUUUCACAUGCGAACGGUGCAACAUACCGCUAGCCGAUUCUGGCUUCAUCCGGAACCAGAACCGGGCCCUGUGCCACGACUGCAACCGGAAGGAGAAGAACGAUGGGCAGGGCAAGUACAUCUGCAACAAGUGCCACGGCGUCAUCGAUGAUGCCCCUUUACGGUUCCGAGGCGACGUUUACCAUGGCUAUCACUUUAACUGUACGUCGUGCGGGGUAGAACUAGAUUCUUCCGCUCGCGAAGUUAAGAACCGUACCGGAUAUGCUGCCAACGAUAUGAACGAGCUGUAUUGUUUGCGGUGCCACGAUAGGAUGGGAAUUCCGAUUUGUGGCGCCUGUCGGCGACCCAUUGAGGAGCGAGUCGUAACGGCUUUGGGGAAACAUUGGCACGUUGAGCACUUUGUUUGUGCCAAGUGUGAGAAACCGUUCUUAGGACAUCGUCAUUAUGAGAAACGAGGUCUGGCGUAUUGUGAAACGCAUUACCAUCAGUUGUUUGGUAAUCUUUGCUUCGUGUGCAACCAAGUCAUCGCUGGAGAUGUGUUCACUGCCCUGAACAAGGCUUGGUGUGUCCAUCACUUUUCGUGUUCGAUCUGCGACAGCAAGAUGGACCAGAAGUCCAAGUUCUACGAGUACGACGAGAAGCCGGUAUGCAAAAAAUGUUACGAACGGUUCCCGAACGAGCUGCGACGUCGCCUGCGCAUCGCUCAUGAAAAUACGCUGAAAAAGACGGCAGCCUGAAAAGUUCACCGGCCAUCGUCCACCAAAGGAUAGGAAUUGAUUGUACUCAAGAAGUUAUUAUUGUACCACCAAUAGAAACCCCCGAAAGCAGUCGAUAUAGUAACAGUGAACGUUUUUGACAAGUACGGCCUAACUCUGUAACACAAUAGUGCCUUAAAUAUUUUAAUCUCGAAUCAAACAAAAGGUUUUAUUUAUCAUAGUUGUGUAUUUACAUCUUCUUUAAUGCAUGUGGACUAAUAUUUGAUAGAUAUUUUAACAGUCUAAUAUGAACGAAAAGUUAUAAUCUGUAACGGUAUCAACCAAUGUGUUCCAAUGUCAAUCAAUAACGUAGAAAUUCUGUCACGAUUUUAACGAUGUUACUUAAAAAUAUAUUAAAAAUAACAAGUGAA